AUUGUGAAGGGAAAAUUUGUAGUUGCUAGAAUCACAAGCAGGUUUAAGCUAUCAGAAAGCAGUGUCUGAUUCAACAAUGGCUGAUUCAGCUUCAAAAAAUUUCAGUAAUCCUACUUGCUCUUCAUGUGCAAAAAUGAAAGAGGCACUUGAGGUCUCCAAGAAAGAACAUACACUGACUCUAAGAAUGAUCAAGGAAAAGAUUAUUUCAACCGAUGAGCUUAUCAAGAAGUAUCAAGAAAAAUGCCUUGAAUCUGAUAAGCAUCUUCAACAGGCCACUGACUUCACAUUGAAACUGGAAGCAGCUCAGAUAAAACAAACUCAGAGCUACUGAGUGUGACAAAACUCAAAGAAGAACAAGAAUGUGAGUGGAGACUUGAGAAACAAGUUCAGGCUCAUGAGAUGCAAACACAGAAAAAGAGCUUGCAGAAAAGUGAGGCAACUAUUACAAAGCUGCAGGAACAGAUUAAAAAAGAGAAAGAGCAAAACAAGGACACCUCCAGAUUACUGAAUCAGGCCAAUCGAAGGGCAGCAAAGUUAGAGCAACAGCUUGAGAAAUCCAAGGAUGAAAUUCAAAGUUUCAAGCUUGAAGCCCAGCUUGCAAGAACUCGGGGAAAAGACAAGACAGAAAAGACACCAAAAUCGAGGCGAAAAAAGAAAUCUUUCCAGGCACCUUUGUCGCCCAAGGGACAUAAACAGUCCUCAGCUUCCGGCUCCCAUUCAGAGGAUCACCUGGAAUAUAUAAUUGAAGAGCUUAAUGCGUUAAACGAUAUGGCCCCAGCUCUCAGCCCCCUUCCUCCAAGUCCCGGCCCAGCGGAGGAGAGUACUGGUGAAAGUAACAGCGAGGCUGGCAGUGAAGAUGGCGGCAGUGAUUAUAGCUUGGGUGAUUUAGCUGGUAUCUUAACUGGUGAUCAGAGUGACGCAGAAAUUCCUGUAGGAAAAUCCUUGGAAACAAGAGACAGCAGCCAAGACUUCGACGAGGAUUUGGAGAAUAGUUUAAAAGAGACAGCGAAGGGUGAAAACAAUAGUAAUAUUCAAGAUAACAAGGAUGAACCUUCAAUAAAUGAAGCUCCAGAUAAAUCGGCUGCUUCCGUGAUGAAAGAAUUAGAAAACUUUUCUGAAACGAACCGCAGUGUUGUCAAUUCUGGAGAUGAAACAUCAAAGCGAGAAACGUUUAUUAAAGAGGAUCACGUCGAAAAUCAAAUUAGCAAAAAUCCACCAGAGAAAGACAUGGAACCCACUGCGACCGCAAACGUCUCCAAGGCAUUGAUAAGCGCUGCGGAAUCUCUCAGUGUUCCACGAAAGGGCAAGCGCCGAAUAACAUCACCGAAUCAUUGGGUCAUGACUCGAUCGAGGGCUAAAGCGAUGAAGCUAAGUUCCUCGUCUGAUGGUGACAGUUCAUCAGAGAAAGAAACUGGAAACGAGUCAUUUGUAAGAUCAGGAAAUUCUUUUAAGGUAGUAAACACUUGCUCAAGACGCAUUGCUAAUGCAAAGGAAAAUAGAAAAUCAAAGGGUGUUAAAAGCAAGAACGAGAAAGAGGUUUGUUUCGUUUCCUUUACGGACGAUGGUAAAGCAGAAACCAAGGGUUCUCUCAAAAACUGCAGCGAAAUUCGUGAUCGCGGAAAUUGUCGGAACUCACUCUCCAAAGCUGUCAAUAGCAGUGACGAUGACGUUACGCCUCACCAUGGCAACGCCAACGAUUGCAGUCACUUUGGAGUCUCGCUUCCAAGGUCAGAGGAACAAAUAGACGAUGGUAACACUUCUGGUUUACUUCCAAAGGAAACAGAAGUUAAUGUUACUUGUUACCAUGGAAACGAUGAUGAGCUACCAGUUUCGCUACCAGGUUCAGUUGAACCAAGAGUGUUUAGGGAAAAUUCGGACGCGUUCUUGACAGCAGUUGAUAUUCCUGAAACAAAUAUCUCUACUGAACUUGAGAGCGAUUCUGAAUCUCAAAUCAAGACUGCUGUUCCAAUUUCCUCGUUGAAAGAGUGCAGUUCUGACAUCAAUGAUAUUUCUUUGGCCGAACUUAGCGAUAGAAAUGACGCUAGUACUUGUGUGUCAACAGAAUCUGCAAAUAUCGAAACGGACGCGGAAAUUGUUGCUAGUGCGACAAAUGAACCAAACGACCGAAACUUACGAGAGAGAAGAAGUAAGUCUAAGGCCACUGACAGUGAGCAGUCACAAUUGAAAAGCGAUGAGUUUGCAUUUGACUUAAAAGAUAAAUCUCUUGGAGAUAACAACACUGUUAGUGUCGACAAUUUACAAACCAUAACCAAGAUUUCCGAGGUUGAUUCAAUUUUUGCCGACGAUGAGAUUUUCUGCGACCCAUCUGGGGCCGUUGUGGAAGAGAAUCAAGGAGACUCAAGUGGUUCAGCGGAAAGAAACAGUUCAGAUUUGGUUGAAUUACGAUUGAGUAGUGCUCUCCAUGAUGAUCGUGAAAAUAGAAUUGUAUUGGAAACCAGUGUUCCAGACCAAAGGCAGGGUGAUGCAAAUUCUUCCGUCUGCAAAGCGUCUGGAAAAUUAGCAACUUGCAGUCCAAUUGAAAUUUUGACAGGCGAUGCAAAACUCGAAACUGGUCUUUGUUCAAAGGAGAGUUCUACUAUCACUGGGAAAACGAAAAAAGAGUCGUUACUGGAUAGUCAUCACAUAAAGGAAAUCUUCGUAAACAGAAAACUAGCUUCAAAUAGGAACGCCGAUUGCUUUGCGUCCGACGAGGCAAAGCUUGGCAGUUCAACUGAAGAAAGUAAAACUGAAGGGUUCACAGACCAAGGGGCUGACUUACGAGAAGGAAUUACAUCGUUGUGUGACGAUUCCUCGACGAAUUGUCCUUCUCUGGCGCAUGAGGGUGGAGUGGCAACUUGUGGAGUGGCAACUUGUGGAGUGGCAGCUACCACCGUCAUCACCCCUAGUGCGACUUAUACUGAAAGUAACGUGACACAUAGCAAUACUAGUGUGUCACGCUUCAAAACUAGUGCGAUUCUCACCGAAAAAUGUAUGACUCAAACUAGCGUGACUCGAACCAAACCUGACAUGACUCACAGUGAAACUAUUGCGGCCCUCGGCAAAACUAGUGUGACUCACACUGAAACAAGAGUGACACACACCAAAAUGUCAACAAGAUUGGAAAUUUCCGCGAAAGAAAAGCUCAAAGAUGUAAUUUCUGAAGACAGGAUCUUUGCUCCUAGAGGGAACCAUUAUCGUGUUUCCAAUAAAAAAGUGAUGGAUCGCUCUGGUGCCGCAAUAAUGAUAACAGGAGACUCUCAAGUACAAAGUAGUGCUUUGAAAAAAGAGAUCUGUGACAUGGCUGCAGAACCUCUAGAAAAGAAGCAUCCUAUGGAAAGAGAGGUAUCUCUUCCAAGAGCAAUGAUUGAGGAAGAGUUAUUAACGUUUUCUGCGGGAGUCAUGCUUCCUAACUUGGAGAAUGAUCCAACUUCCUGUAAAAAUUCGCUGAGCGAAGGAGAGCCUUCAGAAGGGAAGGGAAGGAAGCACUCCGAUUUUCCAAGGGAUGCGAUGUCUUCAAGAACUGUUGAUAAAGAUGAAAGGAAGCCUUCGGUGGCUAUUGAACUUGACGGAGAUUUACAAUCUUUUAGAAAUACUCCAAAAGAUACUUUGGUUUCUCCAGACGAGGUAAGGAUGAAAUCUGAUGCGAGAAGAGUUCUGUCCAGUUCUAGAAGCAGGAUCAAAGACUGCUCCGCAAAUUCCAUGCAGGAAACAGAAAGAACCGACAUCGAGAAGCAAAUGCCCAGUUUUGGCGGGAAAAGCGAUUGUGACGCAUCCGGCGGCGUAAGUAAACUUUCCGGUUGCAAGAAUAAGAUUUCCUCCACUGGAGAUGAUAGUGUUGAUCAUAAAGGGAAGGUAAGUACUUCUUCAGCUUCUCCAGAACAAAAAAGAACUCAAAUUAAAAGAAAUAAAACAGCUUCGCAGUUAUUAGGGGUCCCUGAGACAAGGGAAUCACCCGAAGCCCCUGCGACAACACAUGAUUUGCAAGGUGACCCCCCAAUCGAAGCCUUGCUGAACAACCUCGAAGGUCUCUUUGAAGAUUUUCCGUCGCUAUCACCUCUGCCUCCGUCACCUUGCCCUUCAGACGACGGAACUGAUGUACUUCAAAGCUCUCUCAUUUCAAAUAGUGAUGUUAAAGACGUUACAACCUUGAUAUCUGAUGCACAUGACAAGUGUCCACGCAAAAGAGAUAAGAGAAGCUUCACUGAACUUAUUUCUAAAAGAGUUGAAAGAACCUCAGACUGGAAUACGUUUGGUUGUAACACAAGAUCUAACAAAGAAGACAUUUCGAGAAGAAAUACUACUGUCAAGAGCAAAACACCCGCGUCGGAAUCAAUUUCUUCGGCAAUGGAAAAAAACCUAUUGCAACGCCCUUUGCAGACGACUUUGUUGAGAUCCCGCGAAGGGGGAAACGUCUCGGCAAAACGGACUCUGCAACGAUCAGUUGCUGAUUCAGCAAUGGAAAAGAAUGACCCUCAAAGGAAAAGAGCUAAAAGACAUCUCAACGUUGCAGACAGACAACAGUCUCCAAGGUCGGGCAACAGUUUGGCUUCUUCGAGAGUUGCUCUUAAUAAGGACGUAACGUUGACGAGCGGUGUAGCUAAUAAGAGACCAGUAUUUGCGAGCAACAAGGGAACAACGCUGGUUGACAAACAUAGCAACUUUAGGCCUACCUUGGACGAGGGAUUACAUAUAAAAGAUUCAUCGAAAGCAACUGAUGGUAAAGAUAGUAAAUUUCGACCUUUAUCGGUUCGACCUAGUUACCAGCGAGAAGUUCAAUAUGUAAUCAAAUGCCUUGGCCGCAUUUAUGAAAAUAAUGUGGACCUGAAAAUUGUGUUCAGUAGACUGACUAGUAACAAAUGCAUUUCGUCUAGUACGCCAGUAGCUUCGGGAAUAGUCCAUUUUUUAAAAGAACGAAGGGACGAUCUUAUGCCUCAAAUUCUUAAACAACUCGCGCAGAUUCAGUCUGAAGGGAUAUUGCACCUCUGGAAACCUGUUAUUUCUGGGUUUGAGUCCCGUCUGUUGGAAGUGGUUUCCCUGUUAUCCAGUGAGGCCUUAUUUGGAAACUUGAUUGCGCAGUUGGUUUCCCUGUGUUCUCGAAGUUUAAUCGAAGCUUCUUGUGCUUUCAACGAAGAGGAAAUGAAAGGGAAUUUGUCAUUAUGCCGUGUCUUGACAGCCUUAUGUCAGCUCAAGGACGAUCUUUCCUAUGCUCGAGCAGUCCUUUAUGACAUCAUGCGCACGCUGUACAGUUUCCACAACGCUGCCUCAGAGCUCGUUGUUACCAUAGCUACAGUUUGGCCCGAAGUCUUACGAUCAUCCUCCGACUGUUUGUCGGCUGAAAAAUCGCCUAUAGCUUAUACACUGAAGUCAAUGGUUUUGAAUUGGACCAACAAGCCUCCUUCAAUGGAUCUGGGGAAAAUUCUGCGUAAUUUGUGCUGUUGGGAAGGUGAUUCUGUUACGGAGGAAGAACUGAGGAAUUUCGGAUUAAAGCUUGCUAAAUGGUUGCAUGAAGAGAGCGUUGUCUCUGUCAAAAUUAGUAAAGAAGGAAGACUUGUCCUCGACAGCUAUUCUUUUGAGAUUGUCAAGUCUAUUGAGUUGCUAUCUUGUGUUCUUGGUUGGCAAUGGACCUUAAAUGAUCUUAUUGUCAACGACAUUUGGCAAAUAUUAAGAUCCUGGGCUGAAAAGGAGGAAGAAAGUUCGCGCACAGGCGAACGAGAAACGGCGUCAGGUGGAGAGCAUAAUCAAGGCCUUGAAUUAGAUGAGAUCAGAAGGUCGACUUGUGUUUGUCUACUGGUUACUGACAAGGAUAAAAAUCCUGACUUUUUUAAAGUAAUACCCAGUAUUUUCAGCGCUGAAGACGACAGAGUAACCAAGGAAAAUAACUAUAUGGCAACAGGAGACAAAGAGGGAGGAAAGAAACCUUCGACUGACGAUAAAGAAAUGUGUUCGGUUUGCCCCAAGUGUGGAAAGUCUACAGGAAUCAGGUUGCCUGAAUCGCACAUUGUUUUGUGUAUUCACCUUUUAGGCGUUUUAUGCAGAAUUGCUGUUGAAAAUGGACAACAUCUUGUCUCAGAAAUAAUGGACAUGCUUUGUGGACUGAUUGAAAAUACAUCACCAGGCUCGAAAGAGACGUAUGGCAUUCAGCUGGCAGCGGCAAUGUCUCUCCUUGACGUAUCACCUUGGCAACCAAAAAGAGUAGCUUCGGUUGUAAGCACAUGGCUUUCUGCUUUGAACGAGACAAACUCUCUCCAGACUCCCGCGUGUGUGUCACAAGGCCUGGUUUGUUUAAAGAGCCUUUUGAGCGUAAAUCAAAAGUGAAUUUGAACUAGACAACAAAUGGCUUUAACUCUUUGAACAAGGUCUGUUCAGGAAUAUAUGAAUACAUGACUUUAGAUGUUAAUAUUUAGAGAUUUGUCAAAAGCUAGAGGAAAAACAGUGAUAGGCUUAGAAGAGAAAAGAUGUUAGGUUGGAAAAGACCAAAAAAAAAAAAAAAUGGAAUAAAACGCCCAAGGUUUGAAAUUGCCCGAACUUAAUGUUUUUGUUAACUCGAAACUGUUAUUUAGAGGAAUGAAGCCCAUAUUGUAUGAUGUAGGCAACCUCAAACUUCAUGUAACAAAGGAGAGUUGUUUGGGGUACUUUAAAAAUGGACCCUUGUAUGAUCGACAUUUUAAAUAUCCUCAACCAAACUAGCUCCCAGUUCUCUAGGGGCAGAAACUUCGCUUGCGAGAGACAUGGGAACGACAUAGUUACGGCAAUGCUACCGCUGGAUCAAUCUAGUAAGCUCCCGUUUGCUUAAUAUGCAAAAGAAAGUGACUUCGUAGAGACCUUCAGAUAGUAUUAGAGAGCAUUUUUUGCCGGAACAAAAAAUAGCACAUAAACCAUAAACAGCGAUUUUCAGUCGUGUGGAGGGUAAUCUACUUUCGGUGAUUGGUCUAAAAACUCGCGCGGACCUCUCCAGUCAGGCCAUGGUUGUUCGAAGGUUGAAUAACAUUGUCUACUGGAGAAGUGUUUAUCCGGUGGAUAGCGCAGCACGUUUUGCAGUCCCUCAUCCGCUGGAUAGCGAUUUAUCCGUUGGACAGCGUUAUCCUCCCUUUACACAACUAGGCCCAGAUUAAAAACCGAAACCAAUCGCGACUUCCCGCGCUUCAGGCAAUUUACUUCUUAUUACCUAAAAAGUCAAUUAGUGUUUUGGGAUAUUUUCUCUCUGAUUGACCGUUUUGAUUACUUUGUUUUUGGUUUGACAAAUAAUCAAUAAAUGUAGAGGUAUUAGA